CUUCAUCAUCAUUUCAGUAAGAACUUUGAAUCAAUUGAAAAUGGCGAGACCUACAGCAGUGACCGUCAUCGCGAUGAUCUGCCUCCUCGCGCACUACUCGGAGGCAAUCGGUGGGCUAAUCGGUGGUCGGACAAAGGUGAAAAACGUGAAAACGAACAAGGAGAUCCAGGAUCUGGGACGAUUCUCUGUCGAACAGUACAACAAUAUGCAGAAAUCAAUAAUUGGAAGCCAGAACGGUGGUGGCGGCGGUUAUGGAGAUGUGAAGUUUCGGGAGGUUGUGGAAGCGGAGACACAGGUGGUCUCCGGGAUCAAAUACUACAUGAAGAUCAGUACGGUGGUAACUAAGUCUGGAGCCACGAAGACGUUCGACGCCGUGUUGGUGGUGAAGCCAUGGAUUACUGAUCAAGAUAAACAACUUCUCAAAUUCACUCCUUCUUCGCCUUCUUCUUCUUCCUCCACCACUUCUACAAAGUAGAAACGUGCAUCACAAGAACUCAAAUUUCUAUCAUUUUCUUAACAAUCAUACUGCGAGAAGAGUAAAUUAGGGUUUAGGGUAACCUGUAAACUGUGUUUCAUGAUGAGCGCUAAUCAAUAAAUAAAUCUACGGAAUAAUUAAUUAACAA